AUGCGCGAUUACCUUGACCCGUCUAAAGUGAGACGCGCGUCUUCGGGCGCGGCUAUGCCUAAUAUUUGUGAGGCUUUAGCAAGGGUAUGCAGCACACGUCGUGAUGUCCAGGAGAUAGCGGCUCCCCACCUGAAAACCAUUUACAACUGGCAUGUCUACCAAGGGAAUAACACAAUCGGACUCGAUGAUAAGGACUCGGCGACAAGGACUGCCACUAGUGUUACGACCGCUCCUAGUGUUGCUACGGCGGCUACUCCAAGUGUUACAACGGCGAGUAUGACUACACCGACUAGUUUUACUUCAUGUCGUCGACUAAGCCCCAUUCGACUUAGCCCACCCGUGGGCAUCCAGGCUUUAUCGCUCCUGCCGAACCACGGCGAAACGUGCAUCACCUGUCAAGAUACCGACUUUGAAAACACCAACGCUGUAGAGGAUCGGUCUCAUGGGAGAUGUCCUAUUCCCCUCAUUGCCCGCGCUGUUACGGUGUUGCUCAAGUCUCUAUCCCGUAUCACUGGGCUUGUCGUAGCGCUCGUUGACAAACCGCCGAAGACUAUCCGCGUUCAGCAACGAGCCCUUAAGGAACUGAAACUCAUUGAAGAAUUCUUUGGCUGCGAAUACAGGCCCUGUGAUCACAUCAGGUACUAUGUAGAUUAA